AUGUCUCAUGGUCAGAAGAGGUGGUAUUGCAACUUUAAGGGAGAAUCUCAGGCCCCAAGAGAAGAACAUGGCUGUAUGAGUUAUGAUCUCUCUGUGGCUGAGGGAAAAGAGUCCAAUGACAAGAAGUCCUCCUCUUCCACUAGCCCAACCAUCCCCAGGAAGACACCUGCUGAUGGGAUACCAAAAUUUCAUCAGAGUCCUCAACGAGCCAUAUCUCCUCCCACUGUCAUGGCCUCCAUUCCAAUAUCCCUAUCUGAUGAAGCCUCUGGCAACCAAAUAGGGGAGCUGGAAGGCCCCAUAGUAUUGCACCAUGCACUAAGUGCAAAGGUGGCUGAUUUGGUUCAGUUCCUGCUCCUCAAGUAUAGAUUGAAGGAGCUGACCAACAAGGCAGAAAUUAUAGAAAAGAUUGUAGAAGAUGAUGAGCAGCACUACAAUAGGAUCUUUAAUGAGGCCUCUGAGGGCUUGAAGCUGGUCUUUGGCAUUGACGUGAUAGAGGUGGACCCUGUGGUCCACACCUAUGCCCUUGUCAUUGCCCUGGGAAUCACUUAUGAUGGGAUGCUUACUAAUGGCCAAGGCAUGACCAAAACAGGCCUUCUAAUAAUUGCCCUAGGCGUCAUCUGCAUGCAUGGCAACCGCAUCAGUGAGAAUGUGAUCUGGCAAGCACUAAAUAUGAUGGGACUAAGUCCCAUGGAAAAUCACUAUGUAGCUGGGAAUGUCAAGAAGCUUUUCAUUGAAACUUUUGUACAGGAAGGGUAUCUGGAAUACAAUCCAGUGCCUGACAGUGAUCCCCCUCACUAUGAAUUCCUAUGGGGUCCAAGGGCCCAUGCUGAAACCACAAGUGUGGAUGUCUUAGAAUUUUUGGCUCAGAUCAGCAGGAUGAACUAAGUGAUUCCAGAUCCUUCCAAUGACUGCAUUUAGUGGC